CGCCCAAUGCAGUCUCUUAACAUCACCCCUGAGCAGUUUGCCAGACUUCUGCGGGAGAAUAACGUGACGAGGGAGCAGUUUAUUGAGCUUUACCAGCUGCAGCCUCUGGUUUACAUCCCCGAGCUUCCCGUCCGCACUAAAAUCGCCUUUGUGACAAUAUGCGUGCUGAUCUUUGUGUUGGCUCUCUUCGGGAACUCCUUGGUCCUUUAUGUGGUGACCCGGAGUAAAGCGAUGCGAACAGUCACUAAUAUCUUUAUCUGCUCCUUGGCUCUUAGUGAUCUCCUCAUAGCCUUCUUCUGUAUCCCCUUCACCAUGCUGCAGAACAUCUCAUCCAACUGGCUGGGAGGUGCCUUUGCUUGUAAAAUGGUCCCAUUUGUCCAGUCUACAGCUAUUGUAACGGAAAUCCUCACAAUGACAUGUAUUGCGGUUGAAAGACAUCAGGGCAUCAUACACCCACUAAAAAUGAAAUGGCAGUACACCAACAGGAGGGCGUUCACAAUGCUAGGCAUUGUUUGGCUCAUAGCUUGUCUGGUUGGUAUACCAAUGUGGAAUGUACAGAGACUGGAGGUUAAAUUUGACUUUUUGUUUGAAAAACAAUAUUUUUGCUGCUUGGAAGAAUGGACUAGUCAAGUUCACCAGAAAAUCUAUACAACCUUUAUCUUAGUGAUUCUUUUCCUUCUGCCCCUCACACUGAUGCUUCUUCUCUACAGUAAAAUUGGCUAUGAACUUUGGAUUAAAAAAAGAGUUGGAGAUGCUUCAGUGCUUCAAACAAUCCAUGGAAAUGAGAUGUCUAAAAUUUCCAGGAAGAAGAAACGUGCAAUCAUAAUGAUGGUAACAGUGGUUGUCCUCUUUGCUGUAUGCUGGGCACCUUUUCAUGUUGUUCACAUGUUGAUAGAAUACAGUAAUUUUGAAAAUGAAUAUGAUGAUGUCACAAUCAAGAUAAUAUUUGCCAUUGUACAAAUAAUUGGAUUUUUUAACUCCAUCUGCAAUCCCAUCGUAUAUGCUUUCAUGAAUGAGAACUUCAAAAAGAAUUUCCUAUCUGCAAUUUGCUUUUGUUUCAUGAAAGAGUCUUCGUCUCCCUCAAGAAGGCAUGGAAACUCUGGUAUGACAUUAAUUCAGCAAAAACCAAGUUUCUCCAGGAGGGAAAAUACCAGUGAAGACAAUAGAAGGGAAGCAUUCAGUGAUGGCAACAUUGAGGUCAAAUUUUACGAUCAGCCAGUUUCUAAAAAGACCACAAAAAGACAUCUUCACUUGUUUACAUCGGAACUCACCGUCCAUUCCUGAGUACUGGAAAGAUGAUAGACCAUGCGCAAUUAUUUUAUUUUUCAUA